UGCUUCUUCCGGGGAUACCAUGUUGUUCUUCACUCUCCUGCUGGAGGUGAUUUGGAUCCUGGCUGCUGAAGGGGGUCAACACUGGACAUACGAGGGCCCACGUGGUCAAGACCACUGGUCAGCCUCUUACCCUGAAUGUGGAAGCAAUGCCCAAUCCCCCAUCAAUAUCCAGACAGACAGUGUGACUUUCGAUCCUGAGUUACGUCCCCUGCAGCUCCAUGGAUAUGACCAGCCUAGCACUGAGCCUUUGGACCUGCACAAUAAUGGCCACACAGUGAAACUCUCUCUGCCCUCUACCAUGUAUCUGGAGGGACUUCCCCGAAAAUAUGUAGCUGCCCAGCUCCACCUGCACUGGGGCAAGACGGGAUCACUGGGCGGAUCAGAGCACCAAAUCAACAGUGAAGCCACAGCUGCUGAGCUCCACAUUGUACAUUAUGAUUCUGAUUCCUACGACAGCUUGAGUGAGGCUGCUCCGAAGCCCCAGGGCCUAGCUGUCUUGGGCAUUCUCAUUGAGGUGGGUGAGACCAAGAAUCCAGUUUAUGAACACAUUCUGAGUCACUUGCAUGAAAUUAGGCAUAAAGAUCAGAAGACUUCGGUGCCUCCCUUCAACGUGGGAGAGCUGCUCCCCCCACGGCGGGACCAGUUCUUUCGCUACAACGGCUCACUCACCACACCCCCCUGCUAUCAGAGUGUGCUGUGGACAGUCUUCAAUCGAAGGGCUCAGAUUUCGGUGGAACAGCUGAAAGAGCUUCAGGAGACGUUGUUUUCCACAGAAGAGGAGCCCUCUAAGCUCCUGGUACAGAACUACCGAGCCCCCCAGCCUCUCAAUCAGCGAAUAGUCUCUGCUUCUUUCAUCCAAGUGCAAUCCUCCUAUACUACAGGCGAAAUGCUGAGUCUAGGAGUGGGAAUCUUGGUUGGCUGUCUUUGCCUUCUACUGGCUGUUUAUUUCAUCGCUAGGAAGAUCAGGAAGAAGAGACUGGGAAACCGGAAAAGCGUGGUCUUCACCUCAGCACCAGCCACAGAGGCAUAGAUCCCCUCCCCCCCCCCCCCGCCCCAUUGCCAACAUCAUGGAUGCCUUCCCCUUGUGCCAACUGGAGAGCUUCUAAAAUGAGGUGCAGGGACUGGUCAGAAAAUACUGUAAGAGUAGUGGGCAGA